ACUAGCUGUGUGACCGUGUAUGAAUGAGCCCCUAACCUCCCACCUCUCCGGCCCUCUGUUUCCUCAGCUUGAAAAUGACAGAUAGCAGAUGGUUUCUAAGAUACCUUUGUGCUUAAAUCCUGUGGUUCCUAGUAACAAUGACAGCAAAACUCUGAGUACCCACUAGAGCCGGGUAUUUUGCUAAGUAGGGAGGAUUCGAGAUGAGCAAAACCAGAUGUGGUUCCUGCUGCCAUGGAGUCUGGUGCGAGAAGAUGGACACCAUCCCACAACCACCCAGACGAAUGUGCGGCUCCAGGCUGAGCCAUUAUUCUUCCACAGGGGGAAGCUUGAUGAUUCUCCAUGAGCUUCUAGGAAUCCCACGUGUGUCUCUUCAAGUAACCAGUAAACUUACCCACUGAAACUGCACAGAUUUGAAAUGGAUAUUUUAAUAUACUGACAGGUGCCUCAGGGAGAACGUUUUCUACUUAAAUCGACUCUCACUUUCAGGUGUGUCUUCACACGCCCUGUUUGCUGCCUGCGCCUCCAACACAGACGCUCGAAUCCCGAAGAACUGAAUUUAAUCAUUUCCUGACAAAAGAAUGCAACUUCAACUGAUCCUUUUUUUACACCUUGGGUGGCUCAGUUUCUCCAAGGCUCAAGAUGACUGCCGCAGAGGUGCCUGUCAUCCUACCACUGGCAAUCUCCUUGUGGGCCGUAACAGGCAGCUUGCAGCUUCUUCUACCUGCGGGCUGAACGAAGCCCAGAAAUACUGCAUCCUCAGUUACCUGGAGGAGGAACAAAAGUGCUUCAUCUGUGACUCCAGAUUUCCAUACGAUUGGUACCGCCAACCCAACAGCCACACCAUUGAGAAUGUCAUUGCAAGUUUUGAACCAGACAGAGAAAAGAAAUGGUGGCAAUCCGAAAAUGGUCUUGAUCACGUGAGCAUCAGAUUGGACCUGGAGGCAUUGUUUCAGUUCAGCCACCUUAUAUUGACCUUCAAGACGUUUCGGCCUGCUGCAAUGUUAGUUGAACGUUCCCAAGACUAUGGACGCACCUGGAAAGUGUUCAAAUAUUUCGCAAAAGACUGUGCUACUUCCUUUCCCAACAUCACAUCUGGCCAGGCCCACGGAGUGGGAGACCUCAUUUGUGACUCCAAAUACUCGGAUAUUGAACCCUCAACUGGUGGUGAGGUUGUUUUUAAAGUUUUGGAUCCUAGUUUUGAAAUUGAAAACCCUUACAGCCCCUUCAUCCAAGACCUUGUGACGUUGACAAACCUGAGGAUCAACUUUACCAAACUCCAUACCCUUGGGGAUACUAUGCUUGGAAGGAGGCAAAAUGAUUCCCUUGAUAAAUACUACUAUGCUCUGUACGAGAUGGUGGUUCAAGGAAGCUGCUUUUGCAAUGGCCACGCUAGCGAAUGUGGCCCUACGCAGCAGAUGCGGGGAGACGUUUUCAGCCCUCCUGAAAUGGUUCACGGACGGUGUGUGUGCCAGCACAACACAGAUGGUCCGAACUGUGAGAGAUGCAAGGACCUCUUCCAGGACGCUCCUUGGAGGCCAGCCGCAGGCCACCAGGACAACGCUUGCAGACCGUGUAGCUGCAACGGCCACUCUGACCGCUGUCACUUCGACAUGGCCACGUACCUGGCGAGCGGCGGCCACAGUGGGGGCGUGUGCGAAGACUGCAGCCACAACACCGAGGGGCAGCACUGCGACCACUGCAGGCCGCUCUUCUACAGGGACCCCCUCAAGGCCAUCUCGGAUCCUUACGCGUGCAUCCCUUGUGAAUGUGACCCUGAUGGGACCAUAUCUGGUGGCAUUUGUGUGAGCCACUCUGACCCUUCAGUGGGAUCUGUGGCCGGCCAGUGCCUGUGUAAGGAGAACGUGGAAGGCGCCAACUGCGACCAGUGCAAGCCCAACCACUAUGGCCUGAGCGCCGCCGACCCACUGGGCUGUCAGCCCUGCAACUGUAACCCCCUGGGGAGUCUGCCACUCUCGACCUGUGAUGUGGACACCGGCCAGUGCUUGUGCCACUCAUAUGCCACCGGACCACGCUGCGAUGAAUGCCCUGUUGGAUACUGGGGCCUGGGAAAGCAUCUCCAUGGGUGUUCUCCCUGUGACUGUGACAUUGGAGGUGCUUAUUCUAACAUGUGCUCACCCAAGGAUGGGCAGUGUGAAUGCCGCCCACACAUUGUUGGUCGCAGCUGCACCGAACCAGCCCCCGGGUACUUCUUCGCUCCUUUGAAUUUCUAUCUCUAUGAGGCAGAGGAAGCCACGCCACUCCAAGGACUUGCGCCUUUGAUAUUAGCAACAGCUUGGCCUAAGUGUGAUGUGUAUUUCCAGCAACAAGGAAAUGAUUUCAUAAUUGACAGAGGAAACAUAAUACUGAAGAGAAACCAGGAGCAAAGCCUACAUGCCAGCGAGCAGAGUGAGAGCUCGGUGACUUUUGGCAAGAGGCCUGCAGUUCGCACUGUUUUACGAGAGCCAGUUCCGGGGAACCCUGUUACAUGGACUGGACCCGGAUUUGCCAGGGUCCUCCCUGGGGCUGGCUUGAGAUUUGCCGUCAGAAACAUUCCCUUUCCUAUGGAUUUCUCUGUGGCCAUCCGCUACGAAGCCCAGUCUGCAGCUGACUGGGCUGUCCAGCUCAUGGUGAACCCCGCCGGAGGGCACAAGUACUGUACCCACAAGACUCCACAGCCAAAGCCUGCGUCUGUUGCCUUGCCAGCGGCUGCCAGAAUCAUGCUCCUUCCCACACCCAUCUGUUUAGAGCCAGAUGUACACUAUUCCAUCGAUGUCUAUUUUUCCCAGCCUUUGGAGGGAGAGUCCCACACUCAUCCACACAUCCUGGUUGAUUCUCUUGGCCUUAUUCCCCAAAUCAAUUCAUUGGAGAAUUUCUGCAGCAAGCGGGACAUAGAUGAGUAUCAGCUGCACAACUGUGUGGAAAUUGCCUCGGAAAUAGGACCUCAAGUGCUCCCCGGUGCGUGUGAAAGGCUUAUGGCCAGCAUGUCUGCCAAGCUACACAAUGGCGCGGUGGCCUGCGAGUGUCACCCCCAGGGCUCGGUUGGGUCCAGCUGCAGCCGACUUGGAGGCCAGUGCCAGUGUAAACCUGGUGUGACCGGGCGCUGCUGUGACAGGUGCUCAACUGGAAGCUACGGUUUGGGGCAGCAUGGCUGUCAUUCAUGUCACUGCCAUCCUCAAGGAUCGAAGAACACGGUAUGUGACCAAGUAACAGGACAGUGCCCUUGCCACGGAGAGGUGGCCGGCCGCCGCUGUGAUCAGUGCCUGGCAGGCUACUUUGGAUUUCCCAGCUGCCGCCCUUGCCCUUGUAAUGGGUUUGCUGAGCUUUGUGAUCCAGAGACAGGGUCAUGCUUCAAUUGCGGAGGCUUUACAACUGGAAGAAACUGUGAAAGGUGCAUGGAUGGUUACUAUGGAAAUCCUUCUUCGGGACAGCCCUGUCGUCCUUGCCCGUGUCCAGAUGUGCCCUCAAGCAAUCAGUAUUUUGCCCAUUCCUGUUAUCAGAAUCUUUGGAGCUCAGAUGUAGUCUGCAAUUGUCUUCAAGGUUAUGUAGGUAUUCAGUGUGGAGAAUGCUCUGCUGGUUUCUAUGGAAAUCCAAAAAUUUCGGGAGCACCUUGCCGGCCAUGUGCCUGCAACAACAACAUAGAUGUAGCUGAUCCGGAGUCCUGCAGCCGGGUGACGGGGGAGUGUCUUAGGUGUCUGCACAACACUCGGGGCCCAAACUGCCAGCUCUGCAGACCAGGCUACUUCGGGUCAGCCCUCAACCAGACCUGCAGAAGAUGCUCCUGCCAUCCUUCCGGCGUGAAUCCAGCAGAGUGUCCCCCUGGUGGGGGAGCUUGCCUCUGUGAUGCCAUCACUGGCAGAUGCCCUUGUCUGCCAAAUGUCACCGGCCUGGCCUGUGACCGUUGUGCUGAUGGAUACUGGAAUCUGGUCUCUGGAAGAGGAUGUCAGUCAUGCAACUGUGACCCUCGGAACUCCCAAAGUAGCCACUGUGACCAGCUUACAGGCCAGUGUCCCUGUAAAUUAGGCUAUGGUGGGAAACGUUGCAGUGAGUGCAAAGAAGAUUAUUACGGUGAUCCACGGGGGCAAUGCCUGCCAUGCGACUGCGACAGGGCAGGUGCCCAGAAGCCCACCUGUGACCCAGACACAGGCAUGUGCCGCUGCCGCGAGGGCGUCAGUGGCCAGCGAUGUGAUCGCUGUGCCCUGGGCCAUGGCCGGGAAUUCCCUACUUGUCUUCGAUGUCACUUGUGCUUUGAUCAGUGGAACCACGACAUUUCUUCCCUCUCGAAAGCUGCGCAAGGGUUAAUGAGGCUGGCUGCUAACAUGGAAGAUAAAAGGGAGCCCCUGCCUGUCUGUGAGGCAGACUUCAAAGGCCUCAGAGAGAACAUGUCUGAAAUAGAAAGGAUUUUGAAACAUCCUGUUUUCUCAUCUGGGAAAUUCUUAAAAGUCAAGGAUUAUCAUGACUCCGUUAGAAAACAAAUCAUGCAGCUAAAUGAACAAUUCAAAGCAGUGUAUGAAUUUCAAGACCUGAAGGAAACAAUAGUAAGAAUGAAGAAUGAGGCAGACCUCUUAUUUAAAGACCUUCAGGAAGAAAUUGAUUUACAAUCCAGUGCUCUUACUGCAAGCAUCCAGGACUCCUCAGAAAACAUCAAGAAGUAUUAUCACAUAUCAUCAUCUGCUGAAAAAAAAACUAAUGAAACUAGUUCCAUGAUAAAUAACUCUGAAAAUACCAGGAAUGACUCACUUACCAUCUUAGAUACACUAACAUCAAAAGGAAACUUGUCAUUGGAAAAAUUAAAGCAGAUUAAGAUACCAGAUAUCCAAAUAUUAAAUGAAAAGGUGUGCGGAGAUGUAGGGAACUUGCCGUGUGCGCUCUCGCCCUGUGGUGGCGCCCUCUGCACGGGCCCUGAGGGCCACCGGCGGUGCGGUGGUCCCGGCUGCCUCGGCUCCCUGACCCUCUCGGGGGACGCACUCCAAAAAGCCCAGGAAGCACAAUCCGUGAUUCAUAGUCUGGACAAGCAGGUUCGUGGGUUGAAGAAUCAGAUCAAAAAUAUAAGUAAACUGGCAGAAGUCUCCAAAAAUAACGUCUUACAGCUAAGUGAGAAAGUGGAAAAUAUAAAAAACCAAAGUGAAUCUGAAGGAGAAAAAAUGAGUCUUUUAAUCAAAAAAGUGAAAAACUUUUUGUUAGAGGAAAACGUGCCUCCAGAAGACAUAGAGAAGGUUGCAAGCCGUGUAUUUGACAUCCACCUGCCAGAAACAUCACAAAAUCUCACCCACGAACUUGACAAAAUGCGGAAACUUAAGCAGCUCUGUGAGGACUACAGGACAGAUGAGAACAGGCUAAAUAAAGCAGCAGAUGGAGCCCAAAAGCUUUUGAUGAAGGCCAAAGGAGCUGAGAAAGCAGCAAAUGCUCUAUUAAAUCUUGACAAAACGUUGAACAAGUUGCAACAAGCUCACAUCACUCAAGGAAGGGCAAACUCGGCCAUCACACAGCUGACUGCAGAGAUAACGAAAAUAAGAAGGAAUGUGCUGCAGGCUGAAAACCAAGCCAAGGACAUGAAGAAUGAGCUGGACUCAGCCAAGCAGCCGUCAGAGCUGGAGGACGGACUUUCCCUGCUGUGGACCAAGUUGCAGAGGAACGAGGACCAAGCCGUCAGUGUGAAAGCUCAGGCCGAAUCCGCCCACCGCCAGGCUGGGAGGGUCGAGCAGGAGUUUGUUGAACUGAAAAAACAACAUGCUAUCCUUCAACAUAAAACAAGCGCUACAGGACUGACAAAGGAAACAUUAGGAAGAGUAAAACAGCUAAAAGAUGCCGCAGAAAAAUUGGCUGGAGAUACAGAGGACAAGAUAAAAAGAAUAACAGAUUUAGAAAAGAAGAUCCAAGAUUUGAAUCUAAGUAGACAAGAAAAAGCUGAUCAACUGAAACAACUAGAAGAUCAAGUUGUUGCCAUUAAAAAUGAAAUUGUUGAACAAGAAAAUAAAUAUGCUACCUGCUACAGUUAGUCAGAGUUGAAGUGCAAAAGUUGUGACUUUGUUUCUGGGUUCUGCUGUGCAAACUCGAGGAGCUGCAUUGAACUUGUAAAAUACCAACGGUCCCUUCCCUUCCCCUCACCCUCUCCUUCCUAUGCAGCUGCUCCGUGUGGCUGGAGGGGGAAACUGGGCCAGCAAAAGGCCACUUCAGUGCCCCCUU